UACUCUUUUAUUUAAAUCAUUUCAUUCAGUUUUUUUGGAACUGCGCUUCCGUAAGUCGGAAUAAUUUUUGUUACGCACAGGCGAUGUUUAUGCUAUAAACAUUUGUUUUCAUCGUGUAAGGAUUUCACAGACCGCUUGUGGAGUGUGGAUAGCUAUUUGCACAUUUUUUGUCCUUUUUGAGUCGAAUCCUCACUUUGUCGGGUAGAGCGUUAAACACGAUAAAUAUAGUCAAAAAUACGCAACAAUGUUGCGUUCUGAAGGACUUAACUGCGAAAUGCCCUUGAAUAAUUCAUUUUCAACAUAUUCCGACGUACGGAGAAAUGGAGAGAGCCACGCUGAUAGUUUUCAAGAUUAUUCCGGAUAUACCAGUGUCCCGGCAACAUUUAAGGGAUAUGAUUGUAGUUACUCGAAUCCUGAUGCCGGAAAUGUCGACUCUGAAUAUAACGUUUAUGAAACAUUGGGUGAAAAUAAUACUGUUGGGACAUCUAACGAAGAAGCGAGCGAAGAAGAAAAUAUAAGAAAUGACUACAGCUCCUGUAGAAAGCCAGCUGGAAAUAUCCAAGUGCAAAACCAAAUCAUGGACUACCAGUCGUGCAGAAAGUUUUCUGUAAUUUCGCAAGCCGCUCAGUAUGCCUCUAUUCCGAAUUUUCACACAGGCAACGGCGAGUACGCAAAAUCUGUCUACGGAAAUAACGUUACGUACCCAACUCCAUUCCAUCGACAGAAUCCAGCCUACCAAAUGUAUUCAGAUGCUUUUAACGUUGGUCAGAUGUAUUACCACGGGCAAAUGUCACCAGCCAUUGGACAUUCACCACCGGGAUUAAUGCCGCUGGGAUGUGUACAGCCGAGCCCGGCCGCCGGCUUCUACCCACACGGAAGUAUUUGCGUUUAUCUGUGUAACAGGGACCUUUGGACAAAAUUUCAUCAACACACUUGCGAAAUGAUUAUAACAAAACAAGGAAGACGUAUGUUCCCGACCCUACAGUACAGUUUAACCGGGCUCGAUCCCCACUCUCAGUACAACGUGUUUGUAGACAUCGUGCUGGCUGAUAACAGUCACUGGAAGUUCCAGAACGGACACUGGGUGCCGUGUGGACAAGCGGAACAACUUCCUCAAAAUGGCCGUGUUUACCUACACCCGGAUUCACCAAACUCUGGAGCACAUUGGAUGAAGCAAGAUAUUGUUUUUGGAAAACUUAAAUUAACCAACAACAAAAACGCCGAGGCCGGACACGUCAUACUAAACUCAAUGCAUAAAUACCAGCCGCGAAUUCACGUGAUCCAAGUUGACUCUUGUGCACCGGAAGACCAGAAGAGCUUACAGACACACUCAUUUCCGGAGACACAGUUUAUUGCCGUAACUGCAUAUCAAAACACCGACAUUACACAGUUGAAGAUUGAUCACAAUCCAUUUGCAAAAGGUUUCAGAGACAGCUUUGAUAGAGGGCCAGGGAGAAUGACACCGUCACCACCCGGCUUUCAGAAUGUUCCUCAAAGCUCCGGUAGUUUUCCGUUUACAAUACCACGAGCAAUCACUUUCUCGAACAGGGUACCACAUAAUCGGACUGUUACAGGUUCGACCGGGAACCAAGCACAGUUCAACCAAUCAAACGACGAUUUAGCGAUGAUGGCAUGCCGGCAAAGUGAUACAAACUCUAUGGUGAAGUAUUACUCACGAAGAGCAUUAGAUAAUGAAAGGUCAGAUACGUCACCAAGAAGUGAAAACAAUACCGGGAAUUCUGGCCAGUCGGUGAAUUUCAACCAACAAAGAUCUUCAAAUGGAUUUGAAGUUCCACCACCGGAGGUUGACGUCAAACCCAAUCCUUGUCAACUUGUUACAAAUUGGCACCAUUCCUCAGGCCUUAAAAGAAGCGAACAAACCAAAGACCAACAUGACAUUUCCAAAUUACAAAACAAGCGUCAAAAGUUCAAUGACUGUAACAGCCAAAACCAGAUAUCCCGAUCAGAAAAUAGCGCAUGCGCAAGUCCAGUCAAUGCGCAUUUACAAGAUCAAGCGUCAUCCGGAAUUCUUACAACCGGAAGUCAGUAUCAGUCUGCAAACAUUGAGCUACCGCGUGACAAUUGUAAAUCCGAAAGGGAAGGGUGGUGA